UGUGGAUCCGGAGAGGAUCUCGUCCGUACCGUCCAUCCUUACGCUCCAAAAAAGUUUCUCGUUCCGACAUUUUAACGAACACCUUUCGUGUCCGUUUCGGGCAUCUCUGUAACCCUAAACCCUAAAAUCCCAAUUUCUUAUUCGACAUUUGAAAUUAAAUUUUUUAUUUUUAUGUGAAUAAAUACUGCAACUUUCUAUUUGGAGGUGAUCGUAAAAAACAAAAUAAAUAGAAAAUAAUGGCGUCGAGCUUGCACCAAUGGGAGUCGGACCCUCUGUUCUCCGCAGCCGAAGUCGUCCAAGAUUCCGCUGACAGGAUGGAAUCGGUUUUCCGCUCUCUGCUGCAUGAGCUCAGUCUUGUUCAAGGUGACUGUCCAGACCCAAAGUUACGUGUGUCAAUAGAUUAUCACAAACGUGAUCUUGCUACAACACUUGAAACUGCAAAGUGGCAGUUGGAAGAUUUUGAAAGAGCAGUAAGCUUUUCAGCUAUGGCAGGAAGGUCUCAAAAUUGGGAGGAUGUAAUUUCAAGACACAAACAGUUUAUAGGAGCCAUUAGGGAACACAUACUUUAUGUGGAGAAGAGCUUGGAGGGUACAGCUAUAGGAGAUGAUCUCAUGAGAAAUACAGAGUGGGUUAACUUGAAUGAACAAGAUAGAGAUGGUUUGGCAUUGUUCCUUUCUGGGGGAAAUAAUGCCGAGCCCACUGAUUGUCAAAAAGUGGAAGACAACAGUAUCUUGAGAAGAUUUCUUGAUCCAACCACAUCUAAUGCUAAAGACGGCACUUCUGGUAUCGUUGAGGACAAAAACAGAGAAAUUGAGGACUUGAAUAUGAAUGGAGUGGCACAUGUGGACCGUGUUAUUGAAUCUAUCAAGGAGAAUAACUUGAGGAAAGUUGGUUCUUAUAGCAGAUUCGGUGAAGGUGGGAGUUGGGACAUUGGCAGUACAAGGUUGAAAUCUGACUUUACAGAUUCUUUUCCAGAGACCUCUUGUAACAGAUAUGGAGGUGGUGAGAGUUGGGAUCUGGAAGCUAACGAAGCCAAACCUGAAAGCUUCAGCAGAACAAACGUAUUUGGGUUCUUGAAUACGGCAUGGAGUGUUUAUGGGAGUAGGGUAACUGGGAGCUAUACAAAGAGAUUUAAAGAUGGAGAAGAACAAAGUCAUUCCCCAUCAAGUGCUGGUGUUUCUCAUGGCGCACAGCAUCAGGGACCGUGGUUGUAUAGAAAUUUCAAAGAGUUGGGUAUGGGGAUUCGGACAAAAGUAAUGUACUUACGGACCUGGCUUGGUGUAUUUAGGGCAAGAUAUGAAAGAUCACCUUAUCACAUUCAAGUUCAGCGGCAUUCUAUUCAAGUGGUGUUGAUAAUACUACUUACGCUCAUUAUUUUAGGCAUACUGGUGUCCCGGCUUGCUUAAAGACAUUCGAGGUUUGGGUACACUCAACAAUCUGUAUAUGUAAAGGGUUUUCUCAAGACUUUUUAACAUGGGAAGAACUGCUUUUUCGCCAUCUGACCCUCAUCAUGGUCGGAUGCCAACACUAUUCAAACUCGGAGAAAUUUUGCACCGAUGGGCAUCGUGCCAUUGUUCCGAGAGUGAAUUUCUGUCGGAUGUAUUGGUUUUGUGUGAUCGUCGGUUCUGCUAGUAGGCAGCAUGACUGUAUUGUCAAGAACACUGGGGCCGUUGGAGCCAGUAUAAUGGUUUUCUUUCAGCAGUGUGUAAAUUUGUGUUGGUACUCUCGAGUGAUUACGUUGUAUUUGGUCUGAAACUGCAAUUGUUGAUA